UUCAUCCAGGUCCUUUUAUUAGUGGAGGUACCGAAGCCAGAGCAGAGGCGGUAAUAUAUAAGGGAGGACAGGACAGUACAGGAACACAACACCAAAGCACAGCGGUUUCAGUAGCGCACACCACGGAGCGUCGCCUGGACUUGUGUUUCACGUUUCUGCGUCUCUACCAGUGGUUGACAGGCGUAAUGACUGAUCACUCACACAUUUCGAGAUCCUGAUGCACAUCGACUAACAUGUCAGAGCUCCUCGAAGGCACUCAGUUCUGCUUUUGUAAUAUUCUUUCCGCUGUGGAUUACUCAUGCAACACUUUCUGAGGCGGCAGAUGAUAUUGAGUGCAUGCGGAUAAACUUGCAGGAGCUCAUAAGUCGGUGUUUCUGAGCUGCUCACUGUGGGAGGAUAUCUGUAGCCUAGUGAACGUAAACUUGCGGCGUAAACAUUAAACGCUACUUGUCGGCUGCUCGUGAGCACUCCCCGAGAUGGAGUUGAAGAGCGCGUGUCGUAUGUUUCUUUUCCCGGUGCAGAUGUUCUAUUAUAUAGUCAAAGCGAGUUUGUUUUCGCUGUUGCCAAGCAGAAGGAAGGACCUGACCAAGGAGGUGGUAUUGAUCACCGGUGGGGGACGAGGCAUCGGACGUCAUCUGGCCAAAGAAUUUGCCAAACAGGGAGCCAGAAAGGUGAUCUUGUGGGGCCGGACAGAAAAGUGCCUCAAAGAAACAGCUGAAGAGAUCUCUCUCUCAGGAACAGAGUGCCAUUACUUCCUGUGUGAUGUGGCCAAUCGGGAGGAAGUUUACAAGCAAGCCAAGGUGGUUAGAGAAAAGGUGGGAGAUGUUACGAUAUUAGUGAACAAUGCAGCUGUAGUCCACGGCAAAAGUCUGAUGGACAGCGAUGAUGACGCCCUUCUGAAAUCUCAACAUAUCAACACCAUGGGACAGUUCUGGACUACAAAAGCCUUCCUCCCCCGAAUGCUGGAGCUGCAGCACGGCCAUGUAGUAUGCAUAAACUCCAUCUUGUCCCAGUCUCCCAUUCCUGGGGCCAUAGAUUACUGCACCUCCAAGGCCUCGUCGCUGGCCUUCAUGGAAAGCCUGACACUGGGCCUGCUGGACUGUCCUGGUGUUGGGUGCACCACAGUGCUUCCCUUCCACACCAAUACAGAGAUGUUCCAGGGCAUGAGAGUCAGGUUUCCCCAGCUCUUUCCUCCUCUCAAACCUGAGGUAGUUGCCCAGAGGACUGUGGAUGCAGUCAGAGCUGACAAGGCCUUCCUCUACCUGCCCUGGACUAUGCAUGCCCUUGUCAUUCUAAAAAGCUUCAUGCCACAAGUUGCACUUGAAGAAAUCCACAAGUUUUCUGGGAGUUAUACCUGCAUGAACACGUUCAAAGGGAGGACAUGAACCUGGAUUUCACAGAAUGCGACAGUGACCUCAACAUCUCUGAGGUAUAAUGAAGGGAAUAUGGACCUUAAAACACGUGGUGGAGGCCCCAUGAUAGUGUGAUGAAAAAUACUUAGGGGACGUUCACAAGGGGGUUUCUUCUGCAGGUAGAAUUAAUUGAUAAACUGCACCCUGUGUGUGUGUGUGUGUGAGUGCGUGUCUAUAUAGUAUGGAGGACUGAAUACCAUUCUCACAUUGAACAGAAGCCAUGCAUAGCUCUGUACCAGUAGUUAUUCUGGGACUUUUUUGUGACACUUCUAGUCUGUUUUUACACUUCUUUUUUUUAUCUGCCUUUUAAUGUGUCUUUGACUUAAAACAAGGUAAUAAAGUGGAGUUUUAGAGACACACUGUGUUUCUUUGUGCAUGACAAAAAUAGAAAAAGUGAAUACCUGGGAGGUACUCACUGUUUUAUGUCUGGGUUUUGACUCCCAUGGCUGUGUGAUAGCACCUUUGAUUUAUUCCAGCAUGAGAUCAGUGACUGUGACAGACAAAGU